AUGCCACAAGAUCCCGAUUUUAAAGUUUCCCCAUCGAUUUCCGUAAAAUUAGUUGGUCCAAAUGAUGAGGAUAAAGUACCUGCAUUACAAAUUUUUCCUCUUAAUUCGGAUAUUAAUAUUGAAUGGAGUAGUGAAGGAAUAAAUGACGAUUCAACCGUAUUUAUUCAAGUCCAUUAUAUCUUUCCAACUAUACCAAAGGAAACUUAUGUUCCAUUAUUGAAAGUACCAAAGAUAUCGAAAUUAAACGAGAAUUCGAUCAAAUUAAGCCUUGAAUCGGAAUUAUUUGAAACCGAAAAAUUUUAUUUAGUGACCGUUACUUUGGAAGGUGAUGAAGACGUUGUCGGUUCUUCUGAUCCUUUCGGUAUCU